AUGACAACAUACUUCAUUCGAAACUAUAAAGAAAUUCUCAAAGCUUGUGGUGGAAUGAACAUUGAGAAACAGAUGAAGAUUUAUACAAAGAGAGAAGAUAAAUAUGUAGUUCGUUAUGAUAGAACAACACCGUUAUGGGAUGUUAUGAAAACAUUGUGGGAGUGCAAAUAUUUCGAACCUAUUUCUUAUGGAGAACUUUUCACAUAUACUACUGACUUAUAUAAACAGAACCUUGCACCAUUUAAAGAUUUGACAUAUGCUCCAAAGUAUUGUGUACAACUGAAGAAGAAAGCCGAGUCAAAAGAAGUAAAUAAAAAUAAGUGCAAGUUCAUUCCUGAGCACGUUUUCUUUGCUGACUUUGAGUGCAGUACCGAUGGCUUUCAUAAAGCUUUUAACAUAUGUUAUGACAGUGAAGAUGGUUCAGUGAGUGAAAGCAUUUGGGGUCAGAACUGUGCAACAGAAUUUUUGGAACGACUUCCUGACAAGAGUUUAAUAUAUUUCCAUAACCUCAGUUAUGAUAUAAACUUCAUCUUAAGACACAUGACAGAAGUGAAAGGAACUCCCAUCAUUAAAGGUUCACGAACAAUGCAAAUAACUGGCUUAUAUAAAGGAAGGGCAAUUAUUAUAAAAGACUCUUACAGUGUUAUAAAUAAGAAGCUUAAACUAUUUCCUGCUAUGUUUAACUUACAAACAGGACCGAAAGAAGUAUUUCCAUAUAACUACUACAGCAGUACUUUGUUAGCAAAUGACAACAGAACUGGUGUCAUUUCUGAAGCAUGUAAGUUUAUCCAGGAUGCGGAUACAUUCAUGAAAAACAUAGAUUCCAUCAAAGGUUGCAGAAUAGAUGAGAACCACUUCGACUUAGAAAAGUAUAGCACAUUUUAUUGCAAACAAGAUGUAAGAAUUUUAAGAGAAGGUUUUGUUAAGUUCCGCAAUGACAUAUUGAAAGAAUUUGAUUUAAACGUUUAUGACUACGUUAGUAUUUGUUCAAUUGCUAACAAAUUAUUUGAGAACAGAGUGUACUUCCCGAAUGGAAAUUUAUAUGACCUCUCAAAUAAACCAAGAGAAUUUAUUUCGAGAUGCAUUCAAGGUGGAAGAUGUAUGUUAUCAGAUAACAUUAAACAAAAGAGUAAAGAGAAACUCAUUGCUGAUUUCGACGCUGUUUCAUUAUAUCCAUCAGCUAUAGCAAGACUUUAUACUUUAGAAGGUAUUCCAAAGGUUAUGAAGAAAGAAAUGUUAAGCACAGAGUAUCUCAUGAGACAUUUAUUCGAUGACGACCAAAAGGAACCCAUUGGUGAAAAGUUUAUGUCUGGUUUCUUUGUUCUCAUUAAGAUAACAGAGAUUGGAAUACAUAGACACUUUCCUUUAAUAGUUUGUGACCCUGAACUAAAUCCAGAACUUAACGUUCCCAGAAGUUCAAACACUUGCU